AGUUAUAGUUUAGUAGUAGGCACAUGAUGUGUGAGAUCUGAAUAAUUUUAUCUGAUAAGAAUAAAUUGAUUAGGUCUAUUAGAUGAAUCACGAAUCACCGUUUUAUAUAUGCCAUUUCCUUCGAAUAAAGUUGCAGUUUAGAUUCAAUAGUGAAGUGCAUUUCAUCGGAAUGGAGAGCAAUGUAUAUACAGAUGGUGAACAUUCGGAAUGUUCCGAAAGAACCGUUCAAUUAAAAAAUCCACACCUUGGAAAUAUGGACGAGGACGUCUUGUACCAUUUGGCAUUAGGCUCUAAAUCUCAUGAUUUGGAGGAAAUGUUCGGCGAUGUUAAAUUUGUCUGUAUGGGCGGCACACCUUCACGUAUGAAAACCUUCGCAUACCACAUAAUGGAUGUUCUCGAUUACAAACUACCAGUAGGUGCUGUGAUUUCUGAAAUCACAAACUACAGAUUCAGUUUGUACAAAGUAGGACCGGUUUUAUCUAUAAGUCAUGGAAUGGGUGUACCCUCUAUCGGCAUUUUAUUACAUGAAAUUAUCAAAUUACUGUAUCACGCUAAAGCUAAAGAUCCAGUAAUAUUCAGAAUAGGUACGUCCGGAGGAAUAGGAGUAGAAAGUGGAACUGUCGUUAUUUCAGACAAUGCUGUUGAUGGUUUAGGCAAUCAUUUCUAUGAAGUUGCCGUUCUAGGAAAAAUUGUAAGGCGUCCUGCUACUUUCAAUAUGGAAUUGAUUGAGCAGUUGAAAAGUUGCGUCGAUCCAAAUGAUUCCUAUGAAACUGUGACAGGAACCACAAUGUGUGCAAAUGAUUUCUAUGAAGGUCAAGGAAGGCUUGAUGGCGCAAUCUGCGACCAUUCUGAGAACGAAAAAAUGGAAUAUCUCGCUCAACUGAGAGAACGUGGUGUAGUUAAUAUAGAAAUGGAGGCAACAGUAUUUGCCGCACUCACACAUCAUACCGGUAUUAGAGCUGCAAUAGUCUGCACCACCCUCAUAGAUAGACUACAAGGGGACCAAGUUAUGGUCACAAAGGACCAAAUGGAAGAAUGGCAAAGGAGACCUCAAAAGUUAGUGGGAGAAUAUAUCAAGCGGUCUCUUCAGAAGAAAUUGUGAAUAUUUUAUGGCAUUUUUAGUGUAAUAUCAGUAGGUAGUUUUUUCUAAGUAUGACUACUAGGUACCUUUAGUAUCUAAAGAUUAUAGUUUUAUAUAUAUAACUCAACAUUUGUACUCGUCAGAAUAUUUGUGAAUUUUCAGUAGGUAGUAGUGGAGUAUGUUGUGUGAAAUGUAAAAACUUUUACUUCUAGUUGAUAGUCCAUCUGCGAUAGAAUUCCUAUACCAUUUGUUGUUCACUUUGACUCUAAUUUCAGUUUAAACUUUGUCUGGCGCUAUAAACAAUAAAUGAAACAAGAGUCAAAUCUUA